GUGCGUUGCAGAGCCCGCCCCGCUGCACGGCCGGGGAGCCCUUCGGUGUGCUCGAUUUGUGUUUCUUUGGACUAACAAAAGUGUAUUUUCCUCGGAAUUUCUGCCACCAAAUCGCCCCAUUUCCCUCGUGAGGAAGGAGAAGAGCAGACUAGCACACAAGGCCGGCACUGAACAGCCAGGAGCACGGAUCAGCCUAUGUCCAGCUGUAUGGAGGUGAUCCUAUCUUGCACACAGACCACCCGUCCUGAAGUCACUGGGACUGAGGCAAAACCAAAUGCCAAUGUCAGAAGCACAAAUGGUUGUGAGAGUUCACAAAGAUCUUCCUGAACCCUUCAUCUGGAAAGGAUCUCCUUUGUCUCUGUGUGGAUAAUGAUGCUUGUAUUCAGCUACAAUGAGCACAGGGAAACCCUCCAUAUCGGAAUAAUGCUAAUCUUAUAGUCCAAGUGGGCCCUGAGCUACAAAAGAGGACAAAUGCAAGGAUAGCCAGCAGAAAUGAGGUAUGGAUUUAACAGUCAUGAUGACUUAUUUUCAGAGCUAUGAGUUCAUACCAAAAUAACAAAGAAAUGUGUCACUGGCAAGGUACACCGGUGAAAACAUAUUAAAUGAAAGAAAGAGUAUCUAUCCACUCAGAGUGAUGGCAGGCCUUUGAAAACGUGGAGGUACUCAUGCACAUAACUGACAGCCAUUUUUGUUGUACAUUCGACACACAUGACUAAUUUUCAUCCUGUUAAUGACUGUGACAUAAAUAGAAAUAUAAUGUUUUUUUUUUUAUGUGACCCGGUUGUUUGGAAGUUAAUAUAAAGCAGCAUUCUAGACACUGGAUAGAAAAUAAAGGGCAUUGUCCAAUUCUAUGUGGGAAAAUCCCUUUGCAGACUUAGUAGUGCUGAUGUAGUCUGACAGGCACAGCAAGCUUCUAGGAAAACAUGCACGCUUCUUUCUGGUCUGAAGUGAAGGCAUAACAUGAUUUUCCUGAUGCUUCAUAGCAUAAGUCAGAUACUAGCCAAAGGCCAUAGAGGUGACCAGUCAGUUCUAACAUUUAGAAGCAGGUUCUCAGUACCGCAAUUGAGAGCUUGUGAUGUGACCUCAGAUCUAUUGAGACAUAGUCAGUAUGACACUAACAACAGUCCGCAGGAGCCGGAGGGUGCAGACUCUCUGACAGGGACACGCUUUGCCCCUUGAAAAUCGAAGGUCUCUGCGGAACUGAAUUUCAGAAAGGAGUCUAAUAAAACACACACAAAACUUUGCUUUCUAAGGCUCCACAUACCUGAAAGAGCUUAGGGGCAUAUACACCAAGAAGGGUCAGGAUAGCCCUUUCAAAGUGAUUUCUACUGUUUGCUGCAGUUGGGAGUUAUUCUGAAAUUCAGUCUACAGCUGACAUGCUCACAUUUCACAUCUUCAACACUGGUUCUCACUGAAAAAAUAUAAAGAGGCCAAUGUGUUUGUAACAUAUAAAUCAGAAUUUCAUCUGCAUAUUAAAAUAUUUUUGCACUGAUUUUUCUGAAAAAACCCACAACUAAUAACAAAAACAAAAAUAAAACCAACUCAAAAUAGCUCAAAACCACACCGUGACUGGUAGGCUGAUAAUUUAUGAAUGUAAGAGGAUAACAAGAAAAUUGUGAGAAAAAUUCAAAUGUAGAUAAUUCUGUUGCCUGUUCUUUAAGGUUAAAAUAAACUGUAAGAAGUGCUUUUAGAAUUUUUGUGAACACUAAUACCAAUAAAUACUAGUAUUUGCUCUAGUUUCCCUAUUGUUUCAUAAAUUAUUAACAAUUUUUCAUUAUCUCCUAGGCAAUAAUAUUAUGGAAUUAUCUUUUGAAGUGUUCUGUGACAUAUAUGGGCCUAAAACACAUGUCUAAAAAAGGCAAACAGGAGAAAGAAAAAUAAACAGGAGAUACUGUUCCUGAAGAUCAUAUUCACUAUAAACUCCAUUUCAUGUAGUUUAUAAAGUACUGUCUUGUUUACUCCCUGUGUACAGUACACAGCAUGAAAAGAACUCGAGAUGGAGCGUUAAAAGACUUAAGUGUUAUGCACAGAGGAAAAAAAACCAAACCCACAGGUUCUGUACCCAUUCUUAGAAAUAAUUAGUACUCACAAGGGUUUUAGGUAAUAGAUACACAAAUAUUGAUAUAUGAAAGAUAAAGAUAUUGUGCUGCACCUACAGCAACACAGUAACGUUCAAAAUAUUCUCAAUGAUACUGAACAAGAGCAACAACAAUUGAAAAUCCAACAUGUGAUGCUAACGUAUAUGCACCUCGUCACAAAAGCAAUGAGAAAAUGUUAGAACAAAAUUAAGCCAUGUCGAGAGAAUGGCAGGAGAGAGUUAAACUGGUAAAGUUAAUGAAAAUAGCUCCCAAUCCAUUUCCGGGCCACUUUCCCUGGCCAGUUCUCCAUCAAUCCGCGCGAAACGUCCCCUGCAGCCUCAAUCUCGCCGAUACCGAAGGCAUUUCAAGGGACCCCGUGCCCCAGAGACAAUCGGCAGCAGGGGAGCGCUCCGCCUCUCGAAAAUCGAAGGUCUCUGCCCCGCCGCAGUGCCCGGAAGAUUAAGAUGCCGGAUAUCGGCCCCUCAAGGACACCAGGACUGACUGAAGGCGGGCGAGGCAGAGGCGAAGGCGGGACAGAAGCGGCAAAGGCGGGACAGGAGCGGCGAAGGCGGGGACUGAAGGCACCACCCUCCGAGGAGACGAAGCAGCAGGCCCCGCCCGCAAACCAUCGCCGGCGCCUGCUUCCAAUCAGGUCCGACCUCAACACACAAAUACCGCGGCGCGGGCGGUGCACAGUCAUAGCUCGGGGCCGGUAAGAGCGGGAGCGAGAUGUCUGGAAGAGGCAAAGGCGGGAAAGGGCUCGGAAAGGGGGGCGCUAAGCGCCACCGUAAGGUGCUGCGUGACAAUAUCCAGGGCAUCACCAAGCCGGCCAUCCGCCGCUUGGCUCGCCGCGGUGGCGUCAAGCGUAUCUCGGGGCUCAUCUACGAGGAGACGCGCGGAGUGCUUAAAGUCUUUCUGGAGAAUGUGAUCCGUGACGCUGUCACCUACACCGAGCACGCCAAGAGGAAGACGGUUACUGCCAUGGACGUGGUGUAUGCCCUCAAGCGCCAGGGUCGAACCCUCUACGGCUUCGGCGGUUAA